CCUUCAGGUCUCUGAUGACGGAUUUGACAUCACAAAGACGUCACACUGUACACGAGCCUGUUUUCCGCAUUCCCCAACAGAGCAGGGCCGAGCAGCACGCACACACACAUCAGGAGGAGCAGAACAGACCCAUCUAUAGACAGAAGACUCAGAGGAACACCGAACCGAGCCGAACCGAACCGAGCCGUCCUCUGGGAGCGGAGCCUUCAUGUGACGGUGAGCAGACUGAACCUCUCCUGUCCAGCUGUGUCUGUAGAGUUCAGAGGACCAUGAGCCUCCUGAAGGUGGACUAACAACGGAGCAGUGAAGCAAAGCAACAUGGCCGUCUUCAAGCCGGAAAAUGUGGAAGACUUCUACGAGAUCGGGGAAGUUCUGGGAAGUGGGCACUUCGGUCAGGUCCGACAGGUCCGUGAGCGGGCCACCGGGACUCGUUGGGCCGGCAAGUUCCUGAAGAUUCGUAAGAACACGUGCAGCCGUCUGGGCCUGGACCGGAGCAGCGUGGAGCAGGAGGUGGAGAUCCUCCAGGCUGUUCAACAUCAGAACAUCGUGAUUCUCAAAGACGUGUUCGAGAGCCGAGCCGAGGUGGUGCUCGUCCUGGAGCUUGUCAGUGGAGGGGAGUUGUUUGACUUCAUCGCUGAGAAGGAGGACCUGCUGGAGAGCGAGGCCAUAGAGUUCAUGCAGCAGAUCCUGGAGGGGCUGGGAUUCCUGCACAGCAAGAACAUCGCCCACUUUGACCUCAAGCCAGAGAACAUCAUGCUGUCAGACAGAAUGGCGCCGCAGCUCAACGUCAAACUCAUCGACUUCGGCCUGGCCCACCGGUUCCACCAGGGGGAGGAGUACCGGAGCAGUAGUGGAACCCCCCAGUACAUCGCUCCUGAGGUGAUCAGCAGUGAGACUCUGAGUCCAGCAGCAGACAUGUGGAGCAUCGCUGUCAUCACCUACAUACUAUUGAGCGGGUUGUCACCGUUCCAAGGAGAGACCGAUGAGGAGACUCUGAGGAACGUCAUCGUCAUGAACUACCAGUUUCCUGAACAGUAUUUCAGCAUGACCAGCUCCGUGGCCAAAGACUUCAUCCAGAAACUCCUGGUGAAGAUCCCCAGUGAUAGAAUGACAGCGGAGGAGUGUCUGCUUCAUCCAUGGAUUAAGCCCAUCACACGCAUGCAGGCAGCCAAUAGGAAUCGAUCCUCAAUAAAUAUGAGGAACUUUAAGAAGUUCAACGCCAGAAGGAAAUGGAAGAUGUCCUAUAACAUGGUGUGGAUGUGUAACCGACUGAACCAGUUGAAGCUGCUGUGUAAGGGCAGCUCCGAUCCAGAAACUCUAGAGAGACAAUGUGAAAGCGACGUAGAGGACAUGGAGAGCAAGCCGGCCUCUCUGCUGCGCCGACGACUCAGCAGCAGUUCAUAGAGCUGAGCGGAGGACGGAGGAAGAGUCCAGGAUGUCUCAGCAGGAAGGGAGGACCACUGGAGGGACAUGUCUGAAGUGCUUGGGAUGGGAAUGUUGAAUACGUGAGCACUGCCUCAUCUGAGGAGCAUUUCUUUAUGAAAGAUCUUCAUUGGAGACGUGGGCUGACAUCGUCGCUGAGGAAACAUGCCUUUAAUGAUGCUUGUUGUGAAGCUGACGAUGUAUUUGGGUGGUUACUGUUUCGGGGAAACUCUCUGCACAGAGAAAAGCUUUGGUUAACACAUUUUAUGUCCAAGUCUUCCAUGACCUCAUGACUACAUGAAUGAUACGAUUUUCAUCAUCAGCCAAAUACAAAUACAUGCUUUA